AUGAACUUCGCCCCUUAUCAGGACGAGUCGCCUGAGGUGGAGCGCGCGUUCUCACCAUCCCUCGAGAACCGCUCUAAAUCCCCCGUUGUUCGAUCACCUCUCAAUUCUCCCUCAAUUCCCGGGUUCACCUCCGCCGGCGGCCUACCAUCUCCCAGCCAGUUUGCGAGCAGCGGUCACAUUGACACCAGCGGCCAUGGAAAUACAGGAUAUGGCAGAGGGGACGUGGAGGGUGGCAGAUGGAAUCUAGGGGCUUUCGAAACUAGUUUGCCCAUUCGGAUGGAUGUUGAAGCUAUGCUGGCAUACCUGCUUCUUCCUCCUGCUGGUGGGGUGUUUUUGCUUCUACUUGAGCACAAGAGCGAUUACGUUCGAUUCCAUGCGUGGCAGUCAAGCAUGCUGUUUACUGUCAUCUUUAUAAUCCACCUUAUAUUCUCUUGGUCCAGCGUUCUCUCAUGGCUGCUGUUUGUUGGCGAUCUUGCAUUGAUCGGCUUCCUCAGCUUGAAAGCCUACCAAGAUGUUGAUACUCUCGAGCACUUUGAGGUCCCUAUUAUUGGUCCUCUCGCAAACUCAUUUGUCGACAAUGAAUAG